UUUUGCACGACUACGCCAGCAGCUACAGCCAGGCACCCCUGCCCGUGCUCCUGGGCUCCACCAAGACCUUCCUCUCCAUGGUCUCUACCUGCUGCAUCUCCCCCGCGCCCACCGUCUGCUUCCUGAAGGAGAAACUGGAAAGGAAAACCAUCUCCCUCCUCACCCUGAUAUCAAACCGGGUUUGCUCCCUCUUCACGGUGUACGGGAAGGACAAAGUCACCUUCAGCUACCUCGCCUCGCUCGCUCAGAAGAUGCCCGCUGCUUCCUUCGAGGAGCUUUUCCCCCUGGCAGAAGACGCCGCCGAGGCAUUUUCCCAGUGCUGCGACUCGGUGGACGAGGAUUGCAUGCAGAAGAAGUUAUCGGAGCACACGGCCAAAGCCUGCGGCGCGCUCUCGGCCCGAGACGGACGGGUCGCCGACUGCUGCAAGGGGAAAAACCUCAUGCAAAACUACUUCUGCAUCUUGGCCUUGCCGCCGGCGCCCGCCCCAAAACUGCCGGAGCCGCAGAAGCCGACGAACGAGCAGCUGUGCGGCGAGGAGGGGGCUCACCAGGUGGUGUACCUGUUUGAGCUGGCGCGGCGGCACACCAGCGUCCCCGACGCAUUCCUCGGCAAGCUAUACGACGCCUCCGAAAAAGUCCGGGGGGAAUGCUGCUCUGCCAAGGAUGCCUCCGCCUGCCUGGACAACAAGGNCGAGCAGAUGGGAGGCGAGCUGCCUCGCUUCCUGGAAAAGGCCAACCAGCUCUGCGGGCAGUACAACAAGUUAGAUUUCCUUGACUUCAAGAAGAG